CUCUGAAGGGAUUGAGCCAGUUCAGGCCAGCCCGCUGCUCUAACUCUCCUUCUCUCCUUUCCUUUUCCCUCUCACUCUCUCUUCCUGUCCUGUCUGUUUAAGGAGUGAAAGAUUGGGAAAUUCCUUCAAGCUACUUUACUUCAGGUUUCUGUGGGAUUUAAACAUGCACACUGAAGUUUCGGUACAGUCCAUGUUGGUGCCGUUGUUUCUGAUUCUGCUCUCUAGCGUGGAGGACACUUUGUUACAAUCGGUGAGCCAGGCGGGUGGUGUGUGUAAGCUGUCCACAGAGUCGUCCCUGCGCCGCUGCCGGACACCUGAUGGCAAGAUUUGCAGUGGGAGGGGCAAGUGUGACUGCGGCAUCUGCUUCUGCCAGGCCACAGAUCCAGGGAAGUUCUACGGUCCGCGCUGCGAUUGUCACGACUGGGUCUGUGCUACGCAUAUUGGGAAAACUUGCAAUGACCGUGGCUACUGUGACUGUGGGAUGUGUGAGUGUGAUGAUGGCUGGUUUGGAGAUGCCUGCCAGUUCCAGGAGGAGUGUAACCUACCCGGCAAGAAGAGCAAAGAGCUUUGCAAAACCCCACAGGGGGUGGUAUGCUCUAACAGAGGGACUUGUCACUGUGGGAGCUGCAUGUGUGACAAUAAGGACAACAGGGGUCUGGUGACGGGACGUUUCUGUGAGUGUGACGACAGCGAGUGUCUGGAUGAGGACACCGGAGAGGUGUGUGGAGGCCAUGGCCAGUGUUACUGUGGAAACUGUUACUGUGCUGCUGGUUGGCAUGGAGACAAAUGUGAAUUCCAGUGUGACAUCAGCCCAUGGGAAAGCAAGCGGAGAUGCACAUCUCCAGACGGCAAGAUCUGCAGCAACAGAGGGACCUGUGUGUGUGGGGAGUGCAACUGUCACGAUGUAGAUCCCUCUGGCGACUGGGGAGAUAUUCAUGGAGACACCUGUGAGUGCGAUGAGAGGAACUGUCAUGCAACCUACGACCGAUACACAGAUGACUUCUGCACAGGUCAUGGCCAGUGUAACUGCGGAAGGUGUGACUGCAAGGAGGGAUGGGCUGGGAAGAAGUGUGAGCAUCCUCUGUCCUGCUCCCUGUCUCUGGAGAGCAGUGUGAAGAAGUGUCGAGGAACGUCCAAUUUGCCCUGCUUCGGACGAGGUCAGUGCCAGUGUGGACAGUGCACUUGCUACCCACCUGGGGACAAUCGAGUUCAUGGAAAAAACUGUGAGUGUGACGACCGUCAGUGCGAGGACAUCAGUGGAGAGGUCUGUGGAGGUCACGGUUACUGUUCAUGCGGACGCUGCAUCUGCGAGGAGGGCUGGUUCGGGAAGGUGUGCCAGUUCGCGAGGUCUUGUGACAUAAGCGACGUUCAAAGCAAGGAGCUUUGUGAGACUUCAGACGCUGUCAUGUGCAGUGGAAAAGGUUCCUGUCACUGUGGCCAAUGUAUCUGCUCUGCCCAAGACUGGUGGGUGUCCGGAGAGUACUGCGAGUGUGACGACCGAGAGUGUGACAAACAUGACGGCCUCAUCUGCACAGGGAACGGGUUGUGCAAUUGCGGCAACUGCGAGUGCUGGGACGGCUGGACGGGGAACGCUUGCGAAAUCUGGCUGGGAGCGGAGUACUGAGGAGGAGAGGACACUGGUGUUUAGAGACAAGAGGCCUGGCUGCCCGGAGCGACCAGGAAAUGGUUAAACACCACAGCCAGGAAAACCACGGGAGGAGGAAGAAGAAGAAGAAGAAGAAGAAGAAGAAGAAGAAGAAGAAGAAGAAGAAGAAGAAGAAGAAACUAAACAUGGAUGUAAUUCUGCAUAUCACUAAUAGCAUUCAUUGUUUUUAUUGUACUGGUUACAAAUGAUCCUUAUAAAACGGGGUAUUUUAGGUGUAAAAGAAACAUAUUACUAUGUAAACUGUAAUCUGUAUCAUAAAACAGCUUUAUAUAUAUUUGUUUGUUGUAAAUGUAGGAACGCUUACAUAUUCCAGAUGGCUACAUAUAAUGGGACGCAGGUACAUGACAAAUCCAAAUGUUGGAAAGAAGGAAUUAUUAGAACACAUGGAAUAUGUGGGAUACUGCUGGGGAUAGUGCGGAUCUGUUUUUAACUGGGACAGACGGGUGUGCUGUUCGCAAAUUGGACAGAAAGUCUAAUCGAAAGAUGGAGGCGGAAGUUACUGUUUGAGGUUUUUAUUUCUUUUUUUAAUAAUAAAACAUUAAAUGUGC